UUUUGCAGAAAGACUGAACGUUUUGUACGAAAAAAACUGGACUCGUCUGGUGACCGAGCAACUAAAGAGGUUCGAGCGGGUGGUGGCAGAAAGCGGCAAAGACGGCGCAACCGGCAACAGCGCAAAUCAUUGGACUUUCGGUGGGGCCCUUUUGUACUCACUUACCCUACUCACCACUGUCGGCAAUAGCAGGUUAACUCCAAGAACAGCUGUUGGCAAAAUCGUAGCAAUCAUCUACGCGAUAAUAGGAGUACCGUUGAUGCUGAUACUGUUGUCAGCUCUGGGCAGUAUGCUGGCCAGCGGCGCCAGGCGAGGAUAUUCGAAGCUGUGCUGCAAACAAAACGGCAACAACAACAAACAAAAAGCACGAAGUCCCACGGUGGGGUACCAUAAAGCGCCUUCAAGUCCUUCAGGGAAAAACUACUGCAAGAACCAUGAAGAUUCUGCUUCAAUCCAGUUGGCUUCCAGUCACGGGACGCCGAAUCACGUCAACUGCAAACCGCCAGCUCAGUUCCUCGAUCACCAGGAAGUGCCAAAACGUGCCAUCCUCGCCACGGUGAGGUCCGGCCAUGCACGAGGCAGAUGUCGGCAAGGCGUCGUCAGGCAGAUUCUGACGGAUCCGCCUCUAUGUCCGACGCAUUCGCAUCACGGCACGCCGGUGAAAAAUUCCAUCAUCAUCGGGAUGUCCUCGACGGAUAUCGAGGAUGCCGACGAUAACGAUGAAAAUGAGCAUGUGUUGUGCCUUCACGACACGCCAUCCAGAGUGCCCCUCAUCUACCGCGCGCAGGAGAACAACACGAGGCCGGCCACGCCCUCGCCGGCAGCCUCCAACCCCCAACCCAACACACCGACAGUGCCUGCGGUCCUCGUGCUGCUCUUCUUCGUAUCCUACGUCGCGAUGGGGGCCGCAGCUUUCGUCUCCACCAGCGGUUGGAGUUUCCUCGACGCCACCUAUUUCUGCUUUAUAGCCCUUUCUACCAUCGGCAUCGGGGAUAAGUUGCCGCACGGCGCAGACGUGCACGCGCAGCUGCAACUAUUGGCCUGCUGCGCGUACAUCUUCCUAGGACUCGUGGUGGUGGCGAUGUGCUUUUCGCUAAUACACGAGGAGUUGUCGUUGAAGUGCAGACAGUUCGCGCAAUCUAUCGGCCUGUGGAGGAACUAACGAGUUUCAUUGUGCGCCAUCUAUUCGGCCUUCGGAGGAACUAACUAGUGUCAUUGCGCGCCAUAUAUCGGCCUUUGGAGGAACUAAAGUGUUUUUAUGACGCGCCAUCCAUCGGUCUUUGGACUUUUGUUUGAAAAGCGAUGUUAUAUAUAUUUCCUAAUAAAAUUACAAUAAGAGUUUGGGUUUUAUUUGUAGCCUUUUCUUAAAGAAAUACCUAUAUAAAAUCCAAGAAUAUCAAAACUAUUUAAGAAUACGCUUAAGAAGCAUCGCUAGAGGCGCCACCACGUAACCAGAAUUCAGCUUUUAAUAAGCAGCUGUCAAACUCGUAUGUUAAAAAUGAGUGUUUUUGAGUAU